UUGCGUCACGGUCGCUUUAAAGCGGACGGUCGGACCAGCGGGCCACAUUCCGGACCAGAUGGACCGAGUCUGCGACUGAAAACCGGGACCGAAGCGGACCCUGAAGCCCGGGUUAAAGUCCUGAAGCCCGGGUUAAAGUCCUGGCGGUGACUGGAGCUGGACCGGCUCGGGAACGGGACUACAGCCUGCGUGGCGGAGCUUUUCCCCGGAGUGAAGAGCGUCGGGACCGGGCCUUCUCUUCCAAAAUGGCCGACGCCAAGGUCUCAUUGUCCCCGGCUCUCCGGCCCCUCCACAUCAGCCCCUCCCACUCCUCCUCACCUCCUCCACAUGCGUCCUCGUCUUCCCCCACCACCUUCUCCUGCCCCUCUUCCCCCUCCAGUGCCUCCUCCUCCUCUUCCUCCUCUUCCUCAUGCUGCGAGAGCUCCUCAGACUGCUCCAACCACCACCACCACCACCACCCCCGCCCCCAGCUGCAGCUGCCCCCGCCCCCCCACGGCGAGCAGCCGUCCUCCCCUAGCGCCAGCCCGCGCAGCUCCAGCCCCAGCGGGAGCAUCGGCAGCACCGGCAGCCUGGGCAGCAGCAGCGCCAGCGAGGGCAUCGGCAGCAGCGGCGGCAUGUCCAGCAGCGGGGACCCGCGAGGGCCCAGUCCCCUCCUGGACGUGAUCUCAGAGGACGCCAUGGAGAUGGACCUGGGGGUCCGGCAAGUGAUUGAUCCAGAAGUGGCCCUUAAGGCUUGCCAGGAAGUUCUUCUCAAAGUCCAGCUGCUUGACAACAUACCGCAACAAGACAACCAGUCAGACGUUAGCGAGCGCUGCAGCUCACAGUGGCACAUCAACCCGGACACCAGCUCCAUCAAAGAGGAAGAUGAGGAUGAAGAGGAAGCAGCAAAAGAGGCAGCUGACCCCCCUCCCUCAGCCCGGCCAGAGCCCUCGUCCCUGCCCCCCUCCUACUCAUCGCCCUCCUCAUCUAAACAGUCGUGGCUUCUGCGACUGUUUGAAUCCAAGUUAUUUGACGUUUCCAUGGCCAUCUCUUACCUGUACAAGUCGAAGGAGCCGGGGGUGCAGGCGUACAUCGGGAACCGCCUGUUCAGCUUCCCCGACAGCGAGGUGGACUUCUACCUGCCCCAGCUGCUCAGCAUGUACGUGCACAUGGACACGGAGGUGGGAGAUGCCAUCCGACCCUACCUGAUCUAUCGCUGCAGGAGCAGCAUAACCUUCUCUCUCCUGUCAGCCUGGCUGUUGGGUGCCUACUCCUCUGACAUGCAUAUCUCAACCCAGCGUCACUCCAGAGGCACCAAACUCCGAAAGCUCAUCCUUUCUGACGACCUCAAACCUCCCGGUCCUCCGUCUGACGCACCCCGAUCCGUUUCAGCCUCCGACAGCCCCCUAUCCUCGCCGUCCCACCGCCGCUGUCACCGCCGGCACAAUAGCAGCAACACGGAGGCCUUCACCUCCCCCUCCUCCACCCCUGGCCCUGUCCACGCCAGCGCCGAGCCGGGGGAGGUGUUCUCCUCCCCGUCCAGGAGGACCCACCAGAGAUCCAAGUCAGACGCCACCAUGGUGAGCAGCGGGCCCGGCGCCAGUCUCCGACGGACGGGGAGCAACCCCAAAGUGGAGGCGGUCCACGAGGAGCUGGAGCGUCUUCGUCCUCAGCGGGAGUUUGUCAAGUCUCUGUUCUGCAUCGGGAAGCGUUUGGCCACGCUGCCCACCAAGGAGCAGAAGACCCAGCGGCUGAUCUCGGAGCUGUCGCUGCUCAACUACAAGCUGCCCGCCCGAGUCUGGUUACCCACGGCUGAGCAGCAGCACCACGUGUGCAGGGUGCCCAACACCCAGGCCGUGGUGCUCAACUCCAAGGACAAGGCGCCUUACAUCAUUUAUGUAGAAGUGUUGAAAUGCGACAGCUUCGAGAAGUCUUCGGUUCCUGUCCGGAUCCCAGAGACGAGGAUUCGUACCACCCGCUCCGUGGAGAACCUGGACUGUGGCACCAUGGGUAAUGCUCAUGGCAGUAACAGUAUGACAUCAGAGCACAGAGCAGGAAGUUUCUCCACCGUCCCAAACUACGACAACGAUGACGAAGCUUGGGCCACCGACGAUAUUGGACAGCUGCAGGUGGAGGGCGAGGCUCAGACCAGCAGCAGCGACAAUAUCAGUCAGUUUUCAGUUGACAGCAUCACAAGUCUGGAGAGCAAAGAGCCGGUGUUCAUCGCUGCUGGAGACAUCAGACGUCGUCUGUCAGAGAACCUGGCCCACACGCCCACCUCGUUCAGGAGAGACCCCGACGACCCGUCAGCCGUCGCCCUCAAAGAACCUUGGGAGGAGAAAGUCAGGCGGAUCAGAGAAGCUUCUCCGUACGGUCACUUGCCAAACUGGAGGCUGCUGUCGGUCAUUGUGAAGUGUGGAGACGACUUGAGGCAGGAGCUGCUGGCGUACCAGGUCCUAAAGCAGCUGCAGUCCAUCUGGCAGCAGGAGAGGGUCCCUCUGUGGAUCAAGCCGUAUAAGAUUCUGGUGAUGUCCUCCGACAGUGGGAUGAUUGAGCCCGUCCUCAAUGCCGUGUCCUUACACCAGGUCAGAAAGCAGAGUCAGCUGUCGCUGCUCGACUACUUCUUGCAGGAGCACGGCAGCUUCACCACCGAGGCGUUCCUCACCGCUCAGAGGAACUUUGUGCAGAGCUGCGCUGGAUACAGCCUCAUCUGUUACCUGCUGCAGGUGAAGGACAGACACAACGGGAACAUCUUGCUGGACUCUGAAGGCCACAUCAUCCACAUCGACUUCGGCUUUAUCCUCUCCAGCUCUCCUCGCAACCUUGGCUUCGAGACGUCGGCCUUCAAACUCACGUCAGAGUUUGUUGAUGUGAUGGGUGGUCUGGAUGGAGAUAUGUUCAUCUAUUACAAGAUGCUGAUGCUGCAGGGUCUGAUUGCAGCCAGAAAACACAUGGAGAAGGUGCUGCAGAUAGUGGAGAUCAUGCACCAAGGGUCCCCCCUGCCCUGUUUCCACGGCUCCAGCACCAUCCGGGGCCUGAAGGAGCGUUUCCACAUGUCCCUGACGGAGGAGCAGCUGCAGCUGCUGGUGGAGCAGCUGGUGGACGGAUCCAUGCGCUCCAUCACCACAAAACUCUACGACUCCUUCCAGUACGUCACCAACGGCAUCAUGUGACCCGAGACGUCGGCCUGACCACAGUGACAUUUAAACUCUGACCCACUCUGCAAACAGAAGUGGGGUCUUCAUGGGGGUUUUCCUGAGUGGAAACUUGGAGCUGAAUGUGGACCCGCUGAGAUUUAACGGAUAUGCACCUCCUGGUUCUUCUGUCAUUUAAUAGAUGGAUAACAUCAGGUUUUUGUUGGGAUCUUGGAAAGUAGAGAAUCUGGAACCUUUUCAGGAUCAGAAGAAUGCUGAACUAGCUGGAGGUAUCAGACUGUUACCAACGCAGCUGCCUGAGAUGGAUUUAAUUUCCAGAGUUGAAUUGGAGCUGAACCAGAACACAAACUGCUGCUUUCAGGGACCUUCAAGUUUCUGGAUCAGUUCAGAUCUGGCCGUGGCUGCUGAGAGGUUUGAGUGGAGACAAAAAUCAUCAUUCCAUCACUGAGGAAUAAUUUAGUCCAUUUCUGGGUUGAACUUGUGCAGUUUAACAAAAAUUGGGAUGUCACUACUUUUGACUUUUUAAUCACAUUAAUGGGUCAUCUACUAAACUAACUGGCAACAGAGCUUGUUUCCUUGUUUAUCAUUCUCACUGGUAAUUUCAGGAUUAUAGUCAUUGUUUUUUUCCUCUGAUCUCCUUUAGAAGCAAAUGAGAAAAUAUUAGAGCAUCCAUCAGUAUUGUCUACUAGUUUUAUAAAUGGAAAACCAGAUUAAGAGACAUCUUCUGAAACCAAAACCACAGAGAUCAGAUGAUGGCAAAUCUCUUCACAAAAAGGUUCUCAGUCAUGAUAUUCUCGCAAAUGUUGGGUACUUUAUUAAACUUGCCAGCAAAGUUGCUGCAGUAACAAGUUUCAUUAUCUCACUAAUAUGAGAUAAAACAUGCAUGUGAUGAAAUACGACCAUGAAUAUGGGUUUAUUUUUUUUCCUCUAAGAGUAGAACAGUUCUAACUGCAAAAAAAAGUAUUGAUGAAACUGAUUCAUUGUAACUCCCUCAUUUUAAGUAUUCUGAGAUCAUAUCCUUAUAAAACUGUUAAAUUUAUUUUAACUGCAGACGGUAAAACUGAUUUGAUGGUAGUCUGUUUGACCUGAUGGUCGUCAGGUCGGCCCAGCGGGCAGAAACACCAGCACGACGUCUCUACCGAUCGGAGGACUUUCAGUAUUUGCGGUUGUUCUUAAAGAACAGAAACACUAAACGGUUAAAGCACAGUCUGAACGUGGUGGGGUUUUGUUUUUGUUUUCUCUUGAUCUGUUCUCUCAACAUUUAGAGAAAGCGGUUUAAAUAGAAAGGGACUUUAAUGUUAUCAUCUUUUGUUGAUUUGAAAAGGUUGUUCUGCCUUUUCCUCAACGUAUUGAAUUUCAGUGAUUUCACCGGACACUAAUCAUAACUUUAGAGAAAAGACGUCGUCAUCAAAACAAAUCAUGAACGCUGGGUAUCAAGCUCUGUGCUGAAGUCUCUCUGUGUCAACAUGUGAAAUGACCACUAAAUUAUAUUUGGCAACACACACUCAUAGUUUUUACUGUCCAAAAUGGUGGUAAAGUAUCCAUCAUGGAAGAGCAGCCCCUCUACUCGUUAGGUAACACUGUCACCACAACAUUUGUGACAUUUUGAAUCUUUUUUCUAACAGAAUUUCUCUUUAACUGGAAUACACCUGGUUUCGAUGCAUUACUGUAAUAACUGUAAUACGAGGUGCCCAAAUUUGGAUGAAGUUGACCGCAGUAUGUUCAAUGAACAAGGAGUGGAGCGGCAGCUUGAGAGGGCAGGAAACUGACUGAAGGAGAAAAUUUGAAAAAUUUGCUCCGUUUCAUGUAAUUUUACUUCCAUAUUAAAACAUUAACUUGGUAUUUAAACUGGAUCCGGGCUUCUCGUGAACUGGAACAACCAUCAUAUUCUGUAGGAAACAUGAAACUGUGAACAAACUAUUACAAAUGCAAAUAACCCGUGUAGAAAUGCCUUUGAGCUGCUCGGUCUGAUUGCUAGCAGAGGGUAACCUGUGGUUUUCAAAAAUAAGUCUCUACAUAUCUUGACCUGUUAUCUUUAGUAAAUGUCGCAAACAGUGUGAUAUUUUAUAAAUAAGGCUUCUUAUGAGUUAUAAAUAAAUGUUGGUUGCUUGAUCUGAUAAGUAACAGUUUCUUCAGAUCUAUCACUCACAUCGGGAUGUGAGGUUUCAGACGAGCAGUUUCUAAACUGAUGGGAGAGUUCGAUCACCCCGGCCGAGGUCACUGAGGUGGUUCGUCAGCUCCUCAGUGGCACCGGGGGUGGAUGAGAUUCACCCUGAGUACCUCAAGUCUCUGGAUGUCGUAGGGCUGUCUUGGUUGACACGCCUCUGCGACAUCGCAUGGAGGAAGGGGACAGUGGCUGUUUAAAAAGGGGGACAGGAAAGUGUGUUCUCCAGUCCCCUGCCCCUUCUCAACCUUUCCCCGACCCUGCACCCCAACCUGGGGCUUGAUGAUUGGGCCGGAGCUUCGGGGGCUGCGUGCUGGCCUGCAGUCCCCACCCCCGGUCAUCCCGCUGCUGCUUCCACCUGCCUGCGGUCCCCACCCCCGGUCAUCCCGCUGCUGCUUCCAUCUGCCUGCGGUCCCCACCCCCGGUCAUCCCGCUGCUGCUUCCACCUGCCUGCUGUGUGCUGUCGACCUCCCCAACCCCCCAUUCUGGCCCUCGGCAGGAGGGUCCCCCCUUAUGAUCCAGGUCCUGGUCCAGGUUUCUUCCCUCCUAAAGGGGAGUUUUUCUUGCCACUGUUUGGCCUAAGGCUUUUCUCCCACUAGGGGAGUUUUUCUUGCCACUGUUUGGCUUAAGGCUUUUCUCCCACUAGGGGAGUUUCUACCUGCCCCGGGGAAGACCCAGGACACGCUGGAGAGACUGUCUCUCGGCUGGCCUUGGAACGUCUCGGACUCCCCUCGGAAGAGAUGGAGGGAGAGUCUGGGGUGAAGGAAGUCUGGGCAUCUUGUAGAGAAUCCUUUGGGGACCCCCACAUAAACUAAGUUUUUCCUAUAAGUACUAACUCCUUCAUCCAUGGACUUGAAGAAAAACACUGGAGUCAGGUUUUGGCUGGUUUUCCGUUCAAAUACUGCAAAGGUUUUUAUUGUAAGAAUUACAAUCAGUACCAAACACAGGAGAGCCGACUCCCGGUGACCAACUCUGAAAACUUGUAGAUUUUUACUCCUCUUUUAUACUGUUCAAAAAGCAGGGGCCGCCCCCCAACUUCACCAGUCUUUCUCCGUUAUACGCAACCUGUCUCAUUUACGCUCCCAUCAGACAGGUUCUGCCUUCAAUUCAAACCCAAACAGGCCCCAUAUCUAUGACAUCACUGGUAUAUGUGUACAAUUUUAGCGCAUACAAAUUACUUUUUCUGUUCCCAUCUGUUGACAUUUGGCCCCGCAUCUAUAUGUCUUCUGCAACCAAAUUCACCUCUCCUUUAUUACCUGACGCCUAUUACGCUCCAAUACUUUCCUGUCUGACGUCAGAUAGUGUCUUUUCUUCUUCUGGCUCCACAUCCCAAUGGUCUCAUAGUCCAGAACAGUUAAACCUAUUCAUCCUUCAUACUGCGGCCCACAGUCACCAAUCUGCGCUCAUCUUUUAUCAGUGAUACCGCUGUUUCGUGCGUGCGUGCGUGCGUGCGUGCGUGCGCUUCUCAGAGGUCAUCUGUCCCACCAGAGAAACACACUCAUUCCAACCCUCUCUCUCAGAGAUCAGAUCAUUCUGGAGUGAAAAGUUUCCUAUGUUAGAUUCCAACCAAAUUAUUUUUUUAUAUAAUAUAGAUAUAUACACACACGCACACACACACCCCAAUUCCUCUACAAUCUCUGAGACUGCUGCCCCCGGGACCGGAUAAGCGGAAGAAAAUGGAUUGAUGGGAGAGAGCUCGUAGUGGCUACGUCCAUCAGCAGUUUUAAAGGAUUUCUUUUUGUUUCAGCACAUUUAAGGGCUUACUUCUGUCUCCUACAUGUUAAAAUAUGUAAACAUUUUAAUGAUUGACAAACAG